AUGUUAACACAGCAAACCAACCAGACCUCUACUAGUAACCGAGGUCAUCGAGGGUCUGGUACAACUUCUCAGAAAAAAGAAGAACGUCAACAUUCAGGAAAGCAGAAUAAUAUGCAACAAGAUGCACCACGUUCUUCACGGGAAGGAAAUACGCUGCUGGUCGGUCCAAAUUUCCGUGUUGGAAAGAAGAUUGGUUGUGGGAACUUUGGGGAACUUCGUCUUGGUCGUAAUUUGUAUACCAAUGAAUAUGUUGCCAUUAAACUUGAACCGAUGAAAACUCGUGCUCCUCAAUUGCAUUUAGAGUAUCGAUUUUAUCGUAUACUUCUAAGUGGUGGUGUUGUUGGAUUUCCAAUGGUUUAUUAUUUUGGACCAGUAGGCCGACAUAAUGCGCUUGUAAUGGAAUUGCUUGGUCCAUCUUUAGAAGAUCUAUUUGAAUCAUGUAAACGUCAGUUCUCUUUGAAAACUGUACUGAUGAUUGCAAUCCAGCUGCUUCGACGUAUUGAAUAUGUACAUUCAAAGCAUUUAAUAUAUCGUGAUGUUAAACCAGAGAAUUUUCUUAUUGGACGUCAAUAUUAUAAUAGACAUCGUACUAUAUAUAUCAUUGAUUUUGGUUUAGCUAAAGAAUAUAUUGAUCCAGAAACUCAAAAACACAUUCCUUAUCGUGAACAUAAAAGUCUUACUGGUACUGCACGUUAUAUGAGUAUUAAUACACAUUUAGGCAAAGAACAAUCUCGACGUGAUGAUUUAGAGGCCUUAGGUCAUAUGUUUUUAUAUUUUCUACGUGGUAGUCUACCUUGGCAAGGUUUAAAAGCUGAAAAUCUACGUGAACGUUAUCAGAAAAUUGGUGAUACAAAACGUGCAACUCCUAUUGAUGUUUUAUGUCAUGGUUACCCCGAAAUGGCUACCUAUUUACGAUAUGUUCGAAGUUUAGAUUUUUUUGAAGAACCUAACUAUGAGUAUUUACGUUGGGGAUUUACUGAUUUAAUGCAAAGAAAAGGUUGGGAAUGUGAUUGGGAAUUCGAUUGGUGCAGUCGACCGUUACCUGGAUCUAAACCUCCAGGAUCUACACAUACAUCUGGUGGACAGGCAGUAAAUCCACCCUUAACUAACGUUCCUGCUGGGAAUGCUAGUUGUAUGAAUAAUGGUGUACAAAACACGUCUGGACUUACUUCUCCUACUCAUCAUCCAGUGAAUGGUAAUCAACAAAGUCCUGGUGUUAAUGGUGGGCAUCAUGCAAUGGGAUUAACUGGAACACCUUUAUUAGAUCCUGGUACAUCUCAUUGGCCACCUACUGGACAAUCAAAUAAUGUACCUAGUUAUAUCAAUGAAGAUGGAGGUACAUCACCAAAUGAAUUAAGAUAUAAAGUUGAUGAAUAUUUACCUUCCUAUUUUGGUCAGCAAACAACAAAUCAAACUAUUAUGCAUACCGGUCUUCUUGGUGCUAAUAAAAUUGGUUCACCUAAUGACGGUAUUGUAGAUGAUGUUGGACCUACUGGUGUUGGUGUUGGUGGUGCUAUGCCCACUUCAAACUCUAGUGGUUUGCCAUAUGGUGGCGGUGGUGCUGUAUCCGGUACAAACGCCGGUGGUACACAUAUUCGGAAUAUAACCGGUUUAUAUAGUGGUCCAGAAGAAACUAUGGCUCGAGAUAUUGAUGACAAUUUAGGCAUGGGAGUUGGCAUGACAACAACAGAAUCAUCACCUGAAAAUGUAGUUGGUGCUGAACAAGAUGAUAUACAAAGUCAAUCAGGUUGUUGUGGCUGCUUUGGUCAACGGUCUAAAAAUCGACGUCUUCGAUCUCAGUUUAUCUAG